CUGGUGGAGGACGUCGCCCACCGCGGCCGAGCGACGCGCUGCCGGUAACAGCCCUGCUGGCGCAGACGGCGAGCGAAACACCGCGCACGAUGGAGGCAGAGGUUCGGGAGCACCAUGAAUGACAAGUACCACAGGGCAGCCCGGGAUGGCUACCUGGACCUGCUGAAAGAGGCGACGCGGAAGGACCUGAACGCCCCCGACGAAGAUGGCAUGACACCGACGCUGUGGGCCGCCUACCACGGCAACCUGGACGCGCUGAGGCUCAUCGUGGCGAGGGGAGGGAACCCUGAUAAGUGUGACAUAUGGGGCAAUACACCACUCCAUCUGGCUGCUGCCAAUGGCCAUCUCAACUGCCUGUCCUUCCUGGUGUCGUUUGGUGCCAACACCUGGUGCCUGGACAACGACUACCACACACCCCUGGACAUGGCUGCCACCAAAAGCCACAUGGAUUGCGUGCGCUACCUGGACUCAAUUGCCGCCAAGCAGACAACCCUUAACCCCAAGCUGGUGGCCAAACUGAAGGACCGGGCCUUCCGCGAUGCCGAACGCCGCAUCAAAGACUGCGUCAAACUGCAGCGCAAGCAUCACCGCCGCAUGGAGCGCAAGUUCCAAAAGGAGGCCACCGAGGCCUCCGUCUCUGAUGCCAUGAGCUUCUCCAGCUACAGCAGCAGCACCCUUAGCCGAAAGCUGCACCACUUUAACACUGCCACCAGUGUGCCAUACUCACAGGCUACCCUCCAUGCCACAGCCAGGGGCAAAACAAAGAUCCAGAAGAAGCUGGAGAAGAAGAAGCAGGGCGAUGGGACCUUCAAAAUCUACGAAGAUGGCAGGAAGAGCGUCCGCUCUCUUUCUGGCCUGCAGCUUGGUAACGAUGUCAUGUUCCUGAAGCAGGGCACCUAUGUCAACCCCAAAGAGCGUGGCCGGCGUAACAUCCGCGACAUGUUCCCACGGGAUGAAGAUGCCAUCUCGCGUGCCAUCAGUGAGCCAGACUUGCACGGGCCUGAUGUGGAUUACUCUGAGAUCAGCACUGACUCAGGCCAUGACUCACUCUUCAACCGCCCAGGUCUGGGCACCAUGGUCUUCCGACGCAACUACGUGAGUAGCGGCCUUUUUGGCAUUGGCGCCCGGGAUGAGGGCAGUUUGGCUGGAAGUGGACGAGCGCCCAAUGUGCGCUUGCGCAGCCGGCUCCAGCGCUCCCCCAGUCUGGACGAGGACAGUAUUGGCAGUGCCCGGAGCCUUCAGGAGAGGAACGUUCAGGAGCUUCCCUGGGAUGAGGUGGAACUUGGGCUGGAUGAUGAUGAUGAGCCAGAGAGUAGCCCGCUGGAGGUGUUCCUGGCUGCUCAGAGCAUGCAUGAGUUCAUCCCCAUAUUUAAGAGGGAGAAAAUUGACUUGGAAGCGCUGUUGCUGUGCUCUGAUGAUGACCUUAAGGGCAUCCAUAUUCCUCUGGGACCCCGCAAGAAGAUUAUUGAUGCCUGCAAGAGACGCCUGGAGACCAUUGAGGACCCCGACAGCAUAGAGGACACCGAGCUAUAGCAGAUACGUAUCUCGCGCUGUUGGACAUCACAGCUCAUGUGAAGCAAGACAGACAGAUACUUGCACUCAGCGAAGAAUUCACUGAAUGGACCUGUGAGGAAUUGCCACUUCUCUGUGGAUUUCAAACAGUACAACAGUGUCCCUUUGUCAUAGGAAUAAGUUUGAAUGUGACAGACAAUAUUACCUCUAUGACUGGCACAUACAGGGAAGUGUGUAGUGACAGCGGUCGAGCCGAAGUUCCACAGUUGCCAUACAUCUACGGGCAAAUCUUUCUGAGAGCCUUGACUAGGUCAGAUGCAGUCAGCACCUCUCUCAGCCCAAUGUGUCUGCCCCUGUGGGGCGUGAGUCUUAGUGCCUGUCUAUUGAAAAUGUCAUUUCCGACAUGAUCUAAAUUUAAUGUUAGGUAUUUUUGAUUAUGAUGUAGCCUCGUAGCAACUCUCAGUUUCAGCUUACAAAGACUGUGUGAAGCAAGCGGCAUGUUUGGUUCGAUUUUAAAAGCAUUUUAGAAAACUUUUUACCACCGUGAAACUUGUAUAUGCUGCCCAAGUGAUGUCUGUCCUUGACUGACCAGUGGUCACUAGUAGACAUAUAGAUGUGGAAAGUCUUGAGGUGU